CGGGUGGGGCGCGGGCGGCGGCGGCGGAGGCGGGGCCAGAAGCGCGGGGCCUCGCCCGCCGGGCAGGGCCGGGCCGCGCUGGAGCCCGGCUGAAGCUGCUGCCGGAGCCGCAGCCGCAGCCCAAGCAGCAUACGGACCCGCCGGGAGCCGAAGCCGGAGCACAGGCCCUGGCGGAACCGAGCCGAGCUCGCCGCCUGGCACCGGCCAGAGCACGGGCCGGCGUGUCAGCCAGCGGCCGGGUCUGGCGCUGUCGGAGGCAGCAAGCCGCGACCACUGGCCAACAGAGGCAAAGGAACCUGGAUCGUUCCUCUCAGUCCUGGCGCGGCCGGAGCACGCAGGACGUCCCCGGGUCUGGACUGAAAAAGGUAAAGGAACGAGGAUUCCACCUAAGCACAGUGUGGGCACUAGGCGGGGAGAAGAGUGGGGACUUCACUUGGCGUAGAGCGAAGGUGCCCGGGACUUACUAGGCCAGGCUUGAGCACCAGAGAGCCUGGCAUCCCAGCAGCCUCGACCAGGGCUCUGCCCUGCCUGAGCCGGAGCACGGCAUAGCUCCUGGACCUCAGCUGGCACAGGCCUGGCUCAAGAAGCAGCGCCCUCACCUGUCCGAGAGCUGGCCUGGCCCAAAGUGGGGCUCUGGCAGCCCACAACUGGUCACCAGGUAGCCGGCCUGCUGCCCCAGCCCCUCUGGUACGGAUGUGCCGCUGCCCUCUGGAGCACCAUGACGGCAGGAUGACCUCAGCUGAGGCAGUAGCAGUGUCUGGCAGUGCUCGGGUGGCUGGGUCCCCUGAGUGGCCGCCAGACACCCUCCAGGCUCUUGGGCGGCCUGGCCGGGCCCGAGUGGCCAUGGCAGCACUAGUGUGGCUGCUGGUGGGAGCCAGCAUGUCGAGCCUCAACAAGUGGAUUUUCACGGUGCACGGCUUUGGGCGGCCCCUGCUGCUCUCAGCGCUGCACAUGCUGGCAGCAGCGCUGGCAUGCCGCUGGGGGUCACGGCGCCCCAUGCCCAGCCGUACCCGCCGCCAAGUGCUGCUGCUCAGCCUCACCUUCGGCACCUCGAUGGCCUGUGGCAAUGUGGGCCUGAGCACCGUACCCCUGGACCUGGCACAGCUGGCCACCACCACCACACCACUGGUCACACUGGCCCUGUCAGCGCUGCUCCUCGGUCGUCGCCACCACCCGCUGCAGUUCGCCGCCAUGGGCCCGCUCUGCCUGGGGGCUGCCUGCAGCCUGGCCGGUGAGCUUCGGACACUGCCCACUGGCUGUGGUUUCCUGCUGGUGGCCACCUGUCUCCGUGGCCUCAAGUCCAUUCAGCAGAGUGCCCUGCUGCAGGAGGAAAGGCUGGAUGCGGUGACCCUGCUGUAUGCCACUUCGCUGCCCAGCUUCUGCCUGCUGGCAGGUGCAGCCCUGGUGCUAGAGGCCGGGGUGGCAUCGCCGCCCGCUUCCACUGACUCCCGCCUCUGGGCCUGCAUCCUGCUCAGCUGCCUCCUCUCCGUGCUCUACAACUUGGCCAGCUUCUCCCUGCUGGCCCUCACCUCUGCCCUCACCGUCCAUGUCCUGGGCAAUCUCACUGUUGUGGGCAACCUCAUCCUGUCCCGGCUCCUGUUUGGCAGCCAUCUCACUGCCCUCAGCUACAUGGGCAUUGCACUCACCCUUUCAGGAAUGUUCCUUUACCACAACUGUGAGUUUGUGGCCUCCUGGGCUGCUCAUUGGGGCUUCUGGCGGAGGGACCAGCCAGGCAAGGGUCUUUGAGACCUGGGGGAGUAUGUGGGCCAACUGGGACAGCCCCAGCCUGAAUCCAACCGUGGCCAGGGGCCAUGGGAGGGAGAGGGGCCUUUUGGAAGGGCCACCUUGGAGGCUAGAAUGGGUACUCCCAGAGAGACCCACCCUUGUCCCUGUCUGCCUCUCCUCAUCCCAGACCCCACUCACCACUGGAUGGUGGGUCCAAACCUGGCACAGUCACUGUGCUUGUUGGACUAACUGUUACGAUUAUAUCAACUACUAUGCCAAAAAUUGCUGGCCAAACUUUGAACUCUCACCACAUUCUGAUGACGAUGAUGAUGAUGAUUCUUGGCGGUUACACAAUCCUUCCUCCAGGGAGUGGGGGAGGCAGCUAGGGGGCCCAGGGAAGGGGCAGUGGGAUCGACUGUGCCAACUCCAGGCAGCUGCUGUGGCCUCACCUCUGGGCCCCCCAAUUCUGGGUCUUCCACCCUCAAAUAAACUAUUUUUGCUUGUA